AUGUGGGGAAUCAAAGACCCAGAAAGGAAGCUAGUGGUGAAGAUUGACUUCUUCAUUCUAUCAUUCUGCUGCGUGACAUAUUUCUUUAACUACCUAGAUCGGUCCAAUCUUUCCAAUGCCUAUGUCUCGGGUAUGAAAGAGGAGUUAGCCUUUCAUGGCAAUCAACUCAAUGUGAUCAAUACCGUCUUCACGGUGGGAUACAUCAUAGGCCAGGUCCCAUCCAACUUGGCCUUGACGUACUUCCGCCCGCGGAUCUUCUUUCCCGCCAUGGUCCUGUUCUGGGGUGCCUUGACUAUGGUGACCGCAGCUGUACAUAAUCCCCAGGGCAUCAUGGCUAUUCGAUUCUUCCUUGGACUAGCCGAAGCUAGCACCUUCUCGGGAACUCAUUAUAUCCUCGGCUCAUGGUAUACUGAGCGGGAACUGGGCAAACGCAGCGGCAUCUUUACAGCCUCGGGGCUCGCGGGAACGAUGUUCGGCGGGUUCAUUCAAACCGGCAUUCAUUCGUCCUUGGAUGGUGUCAGGGGCCUAUCAGGCUGGCGAUGGCUCUUCAUCAUUGAUGGCUUAAUCACCCUCCCCAUAGCCAUCUACGGCCUACUACUAUUCCCCGACACCCCAACCACCACAACGGCUCCCUACCUAACGGCAGCAGAAAAGGAGCUGGCAGUGUCACGUCUGCCCACGGUGAAUGCAAACCGAGCACCCGUGAACCGGGCCUUCAUCAAACGACUCUUCACCACGUGGUACUGGUGGGGAUUCGUGAUCCUAUGGGUCAUCGCCGGAGAGACGGAAUCCUUCUCCUCAAACUCUCUCCUAGCCUUGUACAUGAAAGCCCACCCGACAAUCCACUAUUCCGUGUCCCAGUUAAACAACUACCCGACCGGCGUCCCAGCAGUCGGCAUCAUCUCCACUCUCUUCUGGGCCACGCUCACAGAUAUCCUCCAAGGAAAGCGAUACCUAGUCAGCUACUUCAUCGGUAUCACUGGUGUUGUUACUUCAGUCUUGAUCUUGACCCGUUUCGACUCAACAGCAACCGUGUUCGGGGCGUAUUACUGGGCCGGAGCCGUGUAUGCAUGUCAGGCUACGUUCUUCGCCUGGUGUAACGAUGCCAUGCGAGCGCAGGAUGCGCGGCAGCGGUCGGUGGUCAUCGCUAGUAUGAAUAUGGGUAAUAAUGCGGUCAAUGCCUGGUGGAGUAUUAUUUUCUAUUCGGCGAAUUUGGCGCCGCGGUUUACUCGGGGAAUGUGGGCGAUGAUCGGGUGCUCGAUUGCGUUGGUUCUGUGGACGACGGGGAUCGUGUGGAGGACAGCAAAGGAGGAGGGACAAGGGUAUAGAGUAGAAGAGCCUGACAGAGGGGUUACUAAGGAAAGUUGA